AUGUCUGCUGACGUCUGGGUGGGAACAUGGAGACCCCACCGGCCCAGAGGGCCCAUCGCUGCUCUCUACAGCAGUCCCGGGCCCAAGUACGGGCUCCCCACAAACGUAGGUUACCCCCUUCACGACCCCUCCCGCUACCGAGCCCCUGCGUACAGCUUCGGCAUCCGCCGCCUCCAUCUGCAGGAUGAGUGCUCCCCGGGGCCCAAGUACAUGGUGCCAGCCAAGAUGACCAUGAAGGGCAAAGAUGGUAACCCUGCCUACUCCAUCUAUGGCCGUCCCAGGGAUCUGAUGCCCUUCCUGACCCCCGGGCCAG